UCUACAAUUCUCAGACAUAGAUACAUAGGUUGAUUAGCAUCAAUAAUGGCCUCCCUCUCCCUCAUGUUUUCUUCCAUCAAACCCUUUAGUUAUUAUUCGACAAAAUUAACAACACAUGAUAUGGAAUCGUCGUCGUUUCUUGCAGGGGGGAAAAGAAUUUCCACAGAGAAAAAGAAUACAAUUUUGAGUAGAAAAGUAGUGUUUGGUAGUCCAAGGUUAAGCAUCUCAAAUGUUGCUAGUAGACCAACACCAGUUGUUGCUCUCCCCAAACAAGGAAUUCAAACUAAUUAUGAGAAGCUUGUAGCUUGGACUAGUGUCAAGCAGGAACGAUGGCAGGGUGAGCUUCAGGUUCAAGGCCAAAUCCCCCUCUGGCUGAAUGGAACAUACCUAAGGAAUGGUCCGGGGCUAUGGCACAUCGGCGACUACAACUUCCGCCACCUCUUCGACGGCUACGCCACCCUUGUCCGCCUCCACUUCGACAACGGCCGCCUCUUCAUGGGACACCGUCAAAUUGAAUCCGAAGCCUACAAGGCCGCCAAGAAGAAUAACAAACUAUGUUACAGAGAAUUCUCCGAAAUCCCAAAACCCGACAAUUUCUUAGCCUAUAUAGGCGACCUAGCUAACCUAUUCUCCGGUGCAUCAUUGACCGACAACGCAAACACCGGAGUCGUGAAGCUCGGGGACGGCCGAGUUGUUUGCUUGACGGAGACAGUAAAAGGAUCUAUCGUCAUAGAUCCCGACACAUUGGACACAUUAGGGAAGUUCGAGUAUAGUGACAAUUUGGGUGGGUUGAUACACUCGGCUCACCCGAUUGUGACUGAUCGUGAGUUCUUGACCUUACUACCGGAUUUAAUAAACCCGGGGUACUUAGUGGUGAGGAUGGAGGCGGGAACAAACGAGAGAAAGGUGAUGGGGCGAGUGAAUUGUCGGGGCAGGCCGGCACCAGGUUGGGUCCAUUCCUUUCCGGUGACGGAGCAUUAUGUGGUGGUUCCGGAGAUGCCACUUAGGUAUUGUGCCCAAAAUUUGCUAAAGGCUGAGCCCACGCCAUUAUUCAAGUUCGAGUGGCACCCUCACUCCAAAGCUUAUAUGCAUGUUAUGUGCAAAGCUAGUGGCAACAUUGUGGCAAGCGUGGAAGUUCCCUUGUACGUAACAUUCCAUUUUAUAAACGCAUACGAGGAGCAAGACGAAGAUGGAAGGGUGACGGCCAUCAUCGCCGACUGCUGCGAACACAACGCCGAUACCACCAUCUUGCAGAAGCUCGCCCUCCAAGAUCUCCGAUCCUUCUCCGGCCAAGAUAUCCUACCGGACGCAAGGGUUGGGAGAUUCAAGAUCCCAAUGGAUGGUAGCCCAUAUGGGAGUUUAGAGGCAGCAUUGGAUCCGAAUGAACAUGGAAGAGGAAUGGACAUGUGCAGCAUGAAUCCUGCUUUCCUAGGCAAGAAAUACAGAUAUGCUUAUGCAUGUGGUGCUCACAGGCCCUGCAAUUUCCCCAACACCCUCACUAAGAUUGACUUGGUGGAGAAGAAGGCGAAGAACUGGUUUGACGAGGGUUCCAUACCAUCUGAGCCUUUCUUCGUCCCCAGGCCAGGUGCAACGGAGGAAGAUGAUGGGGUGGUAAUCUCAAUGAUCAGUGACAAAAAAGGGGAAGGAUAUGCAUUGUUGCUGGAUGGAUCUACAUUUGAAGAAAUCGCUAGAGCAAAGUUCCCCUAUGGUCUUCCCUAUGGACUGCAUGGGUGCUGGGUUCCAAAGACAUGAAUUUAACAGAGUUACUGUAAAGAAGUCACUAGAUAUCAACUUCUUUGAUGCGGAUGAAUACAAGUAUCAUGAAUAAGGGUAUAGCAGGAUUUCUAUAGCCUAUAGUCACUUAUUAUUUUGUUUGUAUAAAUUGCAGCUGAAAUCUUAUAAAAGUAGAUUUUAGGUAGCAAAAUGUGUCAAAAGAGAAUUUGAUGAUUCCAUGGAUAAAUUAAUUGAAAGAAACAAAUAUUAAAGCCAAGAAGCCACCUAUCGUUGAUAUCCAUAGAAACAAGGCAGGUAAAGUGGGGAAAAAAAAAGGCACAGACCAUAUCGGUGCAUAAGAGAUCGCUAGAUGAACAGAAUAGCAGAGUAAUAUUGAUACUUAAUGAAACUAUGAUUCAUCUCCCACUUGACAAAAUGGGCAAUUUCCAGCUACUGUUGACUGCAUUUAAGGGUAAUAAAGAUGAGUCUUCUUCAAGAAAUUAUUCAUUGUGCUAUCUAGACUUUACCCAUUUUCUAGGUGACAGUUCUAGUACUCGUAUAGUGAAGGCCCAUUUACCUUUCACUUGAUCCAUGAGAGUAAACUGCAAGCCGCAAAUCCAACAGCCCCAAAACCUCAGGUUAAUUGCUGAGCAGCUGAGAUGAUGAAAGAAG